AGUAACAGAAGGAUCGAUAUUAAUAAGGAUGUUAAGGAAGGGAAAUCUUUUUAUGAGAAAUUUACGCCGUACUACAAGAACGUUUCACGAUGAAGCUAUCAUUAUCGGUAGUGAACAAGACACCAAGUCACCGGAGUAUCAGGACAAUUAUGUACAAAUGAAGUGUAUGGUAGAUAGACUAAAAGAGACAGUCGAAAAGGUAGUAGAGGGCGGGGGACGAAAGGCGAGAGAAAGACACGUAAAAAAGGGAAAACUUUUACCACGAGCACGAAUUGACACGCUUCUCGAUCCGACAUCUCCUUUUCUCGAAUUUUCUCAGUUAGCUGGUUACGAACUGUACGAUAACGAGGAAGUGCCAGCUGGUGGAAUUAUUACUGGCAUCGGCAGGGUAGAAGGCACUGAAUGCGUAAUAGUUGCAAAUGAUCCGACUGUGAAGGGGGGCACGUACUAUCCAAUCACGGUGAAAAAGCACUUGAGAGCUCAAGAAAUUGCGGAAGAGAAUCAUUUGCCAUGCAUAUAUUUGGUAGACAGUGGUGGCGCAAAUUUAUCUAGACAAGCCGAGGUAUUUCCGGAUAAAAUGCAUUUCGGAAGAAGCUUCUACAAUCAGGCGAUCCUAAGUUCGAAGGGGAUCGCGCAAAUUGCAGUAGUAAUGGGAAGUUGCACAGCAGGAGGCGCAUACUUGCCAGCUAUGGCCGACGAAAACAUAAUCGUUGGCAAUCAGGGUACUAUCUUCUUGGCUGGUCCGCCUUUGGUGAAAGCUUCUACUGGCGAAGAUGUUACACCGGAGGAGUUGGGCGGUGCGACGGUUCAUUGUCGAACCUCUGGAGUUACCGACCAUUAUGCCACGGAUGAUACUCACGCCUUGUACUUGGCUCGUCAGAUUGUGAAAGACUUAAAUAGACAAAGACCGAUGCACGUAAACUUGGACAAACAGAUGGACGUACCACUGUAUUCCGUCGAUGAAAUUUAUGGUAUAGUUGGCGUAAACUUGAAGCGACCGUACGACGUCAGAGAAGUGAUAGCGAGGAUCGUGGAUGGAUCGAGAUUUCGCGAGUUUAAGGCGCAGUACGGGGAAACGUUGGUUACCGGCUUCGCGAAAAUUUACGGUUACCCCGUGGGAAUAGUUGCGAAUAAUGGCAUACUGUUUUCGCAGGCCGCGUUAAAAGCCACACAUUUCGUGCAGCUCUGCGCUCAGAGAAAGAUACCGCUUAUUUUCUUGCAGAAUAUUACAGGGUUUAUGGUGGGCAAGGAUGCCGAGGCCGAGGGCAUUGCUAAAAAUGGAGCAAAAAUGGUGAACGCCGUGGCUUGCGCUCAAGUGCCCAAAAUUACGGUGGUGAUCGGUGGUUCGUACGGAGCAGGAAAUUACGGUAUGUGCGGUAGAUCUUAUUCGCCAAGAUUUCUCUAUACCUGGCCGAAUGCAAAAAUAUCCGUGAUGGGAGGGGUACAGGCUGCGAAUGUAAUAGCGGAAAUUACCAAGCAGCAACGUGUUCGCGAUGGGAAAGAGUGGACCCCGGAAGAGGAGGAGGAGCUGAAAAGACCGAUCAUAGAGAAAUUCGAAAAGGAGAGCAGUCCGUACUAUGCCAGUGCCAGACUUUGGGACGACGGUGUGAUCAAUCCGACCGACACUAGAGUGGUAUUAGGCCUUAGUCUAUCGGCAGCGCUGAACGCACCCAUACCAGAAACUAAAUUUGGAAUUUUCCGAAUGUAAGGUUCGUGUUCAACGAUGCAACCAGUGACCUGUAAUUAUGAAAGUAUGAACCGAUGUUUGUAACCUCCCUAACAAAAUUUUAGGCCAAAGAUAUAUAUUUUUUAUACAAAGUUAUCAUGUAUACAUGAUCAUUAAACAUUCCACAUAUACAUAUAUAUAUGUAUAUAUAUAUAUAUAUAAGUAUAU